AUGGCCUUCAAACCGGAAUAUGAGCGUACAAUGGAGGACACGCCAACAUGGGCUGUUGCGGUGGUGUGCUUCGUGUUGAUUGUUGUUUCAAUCUUCAUUGAGUAUAUUAUUCAUGUUAUUGGACAUUGGCUAAAAGUAAAACAGAAGAGAGCUCUUUACGAAGCACUUGAAAAGAUCAAAGCAGAGCUGAUGCUACUGGGAUUCAUAUCCUUGCUCCUAACUGUGUUACAACAACCUAUUUCGGGAAUAUGUAUAUCGAAGAGUGUUGGAACCACUUGGCGUCCCUGUGAACAGUUGAAGAGUCCGACAAAGAAAAAUUAUCAGAACAGUACUGGUCGGAAACUACUACAAUUUUUGGAAUCUGGCUUCGGUGAGAGGCGAAGGCUAGCUACAAAAGGAUAUGACAAAUGCGCAGAAAAGGGUAAAGUUGCCUUUAUGUCUGCGUAUGCGAUUCACCAGCUCCAUAUAUUCAUCUCUGCCUUAGCCGUUUCUCAUGUGCUCAACUGCAUCGCCACCUUGGCUUUGGGCAGAACAAAGAUGAGAAAAUGGAAGGUCUGGGAGGAUGAAACAACGACACUUGAAUAUAAAUACUCUAAUGAUCCAGAGAGAUUUAGAUUUGCAAGGGAUACAUCAUUUGGGCGUAGGCAUUUGAACUUCUGGAGCGAGUCAACAAUUUUACUUUGGCUAGUGUGUUUCUUCAGACAGUUCUUCAGGUCAGUUGCCAAAGUUGAUUACCUCACACUGAGACACGGAUUUAUCAUGGCACAUUUGGCACCCGAAAGUCAAACAAAAUUUGAUUUUCGAAAAUACAUCACCAGAUCACUUGAAGAGGAUUUUAAAGUUGUGGUUGGGAUCAGUCCAAUCAUAUGGUUCUUUGCGGUGCUAUUCCUACUGUCGAACACAUAUGGCUGGUAUUCUUAUCUAUGGCUACCAUUUCUCCCAUUGAUUAUAAUCCUGAUGGUGGGAGCAAAGCUACAAGUGAUCAUUACAAAAAUGGGGCUAAGAAUUCAAGACACAGGUGAUGUGGUCAAGGACAAGGGUACGCCUGUGGUACGUCCAGGUGAUGACCUUUUCUGGUUUGGACGCCCUCGGCUCAUUCUCUUUCUUAUCCACAUUGUUCUCUUUCAGAAUGCAUUUCAACUCGCAUUCUUUGUUUGGAGUUUGUAUGAAUUUGGCAAGGGUAAUUGCUUCCAUAAGCGCAUCGAAGAUAUCGUCGUAAGAAUCUCAAUGGGGUGA